CUUUACGGCAGCAAUCAUUUUGACAGGCAGAAGCUAGCCUAGCAACAAACUUUAGUAGUUAUUAGUUAGCUACAGUACAUGAGUUGGGUUAGCUACAGAAAAGACAUGAUAUACUUUAAAAACAAAAGAUUCGCAACUCGUGGCAACUUUAACCGUCAAAGCAACUUUUUUCGUUCUAGCUAACGUUAGCUGGCUAAUCGCACUGUCUGCAUGCGAACAAUAACGAAAUCAACAACAACAUGCCAACCAUGGGAAUAGCUGAAAUAGAUUCAAGCAGUCUCGACGGGGAGCUAACAUGCAGCAAAGAAGUGGUGGUGAUGGAGGGAGACAGGGAAGACCUCGGGACGCUGUGUGCUGAAGAAGAUUUGGUGGCAUCCGCGCUUGCUGCCACUGUCACCUCUCAAGUUAUUGUGGAAGAACUGAGAAGGCUUGGGUUAUGUUCAAACAUAGAGGGAGACGUGGAAUACGUACCAUACGAGUCUGAACUGCAAAUGUCAGACAUCAAAAGGCUUAUUACCAAGGACUUGUCAGAGCCUUAUUCGAUUUAUACAUAUAGGUAUUUCAUUCAUAACUGGCCUCAACUCUGCUUCCUGGUACGUAGAGCUAUAAAGUUGUUAGCUAACGUUAGCUGACUAAACUCAACUCCACGAUUUACGAUGGAGUUGAGUGGCGACUCGUUUAGGCGAACUGGAGCUCCGACAUCACAUAAAAUAACAAUGUCGUUUGUAAUUGCGGAUAAUUCUUUACUUUGGGUGCUGAAAUCGGUACAAAAAACAACAACAAAAAACGUCAUUUUAUGUGACGUCGGAUCUCCAGUCCGCCCACACUAGUAAUAGCUCAACUCCAUCUUAAAUCGUGGAGUUUAGUUUAAUCGGCUAUAAAGUUGUAUGUGUUUAUUAACUGAUCAUGUACAGUAGCUUGCCACUACCAGGCUAUGCUCAGGGCUGAAUAUGGUUUGUUUUUGCAGGGCUGGAGCAAAAGCCUACACAUCUGCCAGCCAGUAGAUAAUGAGCUGUUUUACCUCUCUGUGCUACAGGCGAUGGUGGAUAAGGAUUGUGUUGGUGCCAUUGUGUGCAAACUGGAUAUGCACAAGAAGAUUCACCGUGGCUACAUUGCCAUGCUGGCUGUGGACUCCAGAUACCGGAGGAAAGGCAUUGGUAAGUGGGCAUUAGGAGGAUCUCCAAGACUGUGGAGUUAUCAUACUGUUUCAUGUUUACCUCUAACCUGUCAUCACUCCUGUCAUUUCAGGUACAUAUCUAGUCAAAAAGGCUAUCUAUGCUAUGAUGGAUGAGGACUGUGAUGAGGUAUGUUUUUUUUUUACAUAAUCAUCUACCCUGGAAGACAUUAGGCAAGUGUGGCCAGACGUCCCCGAUUUCCAGGGACAGUCCCUGAUUUUGGUAGCCUGUCCCCAGCUAAAGCUGUACCAGAAAAUAUCCCUGAUUAGUCCUCAGAAAGAAAAAAGCAACUCUGAAGUUAAAUUGGGGCUGAUAUUUCAAUAAUCAAAUGCUGUAUCCAAUCAGAUUUGCAUGUAAAAAUGAUGUCAAUGCCUUUACCAAACUCAUUUGCUCCUGAGGCUUUGCGCACGGACCUUUUAUGAGAACGUUUGACCAGUGAUACAGAGACUGGACUCUGUUUAUCAUGUAUCCUUGUGCUUUAUUAGAAAUGCCAAGUCACUCACCCACCAUUGCACCUUGUACCAAAUGGUGGGUUGGACCUCACUUUAUAUGCGCAGAAAGCUACGUACAUUUGUAUGUGUUCAUCUACAAAGCCCUUUUGGGUAAACUCCCUCUUUACCUCUGUAGUCUGGUCUCCUUCACCACCAUCAGUUACCAUACCCAGUCUGUUAGGUGGUUGCUACUUCAAGUCCCCAGGACAUUUCCAGUAUUAGGCAAGACUGCCUUCUCGUCUUGUGCACCAGAGGCAUGGAAUAGUCUACAAUCCAUGCUUAUCUAGAUAUGUUAGUGCCACUGAAUGAAUUUAAAAUGUUGAUGGGAGACUCUGUUACAGAGUAGCAUAAAUGCUUUUUUUUUAGGCUGGAUCAUGUUGUUGUAUUGUUGUAUGUUCUAAUUCUGUAAUGUAUUGAUUGUCUGCCUUCUUGGCCAGGUCUCCCUUGAAAAAGACUGGGUCUCAAUGGGCUUUUCCUGGUUAAAUAAAGGUUAAAUAAAAAAAUAUGAACACACCAUACCCAUGGCCAGAAAGUGCAUGCAACAGCAUAAGCUACCAAACUUGGGUGAUUAAAAAAUGACUAGCUAGGCUAAGAUUAAGAAAACUGUUGAGGGGUAAUACAUUUCUGUGUUAAGUAUUUGAAAGGACUAUAGCGAAAAUUGAUUGUUAAAUAUAGUUCAAUUACAUUUUUAGUUUCGAGCAGUAUCCACCCCCCCACACAAAAAUCAUUCACCUUGCAUUAGGCCACAUUUUAACUAGAAGAUAACAGGCCACACUCUUUACCAUAAACAGUGACAGGUUUAAGCUUGAUUCUAAUCUCAUUCCACCAAUGCACAUUUGAAACUGAAAAUGCCAUUGAAUACCAUGUUGUUGUAUAGUAUUCAGAAUUGAGAUAGAGGUAACAAUCUCUUACAAAUUACUUGAUUUUGUUGACUUUAACAGGUGGUGCUGGAGACUGAGAUCACCAACCAAUCAGCCCAGAAACUGUAUGAGAACCUGGGCUUUGUGAGGGACAAGAGGCUCUUCCAAUACUAUUUAAAUGGAGUGGAUGCUCUACGGCUCAAACUGUGGCUCCGGUAACAAUGCAGUCAGUGUCUCUGGCCUAUUUCUCCCAGUCUCAGGAACAAACGUCCUCCCUACAAGGGAAACAUCAAAGCCACAGAAAAUCCAGCAAGAUCAUGAAGGAAAAUUGGAGACACGUACCACAGUUUUCUUUGGUGGAUUGGGAAUACUUUUGGCAUUUUAGUGGCCAGUGGAAAUGAACUGAAAAUAACACACCCUAGCCCUUGACCUGUACCAAACUAAAUCAAUUACAAACAAAACAACAGCUUGCCUCUGUCCUUUUGUUUUUUUAUUAGAGGACUAAAAACAAGUUGGGAAGAAGAGUAAGACUAUGCAAACUGAAUGUCUUCAUAAAGCCAUUUAUAGGGGCUAUACAGCCUAAAUGUUUCAGAAGUCAUAGGAAAAGAGGAUACCGCUCACUCGAUUCAAGAACAAAAUGCAGCUGUCCCUUGUCUUGUUGUGUGUUCACCACUGUGGCCCCAGGUGUGUGGUAGCUGGCCAGUUCUACUCUGUCUCUCUAGUCCUGCUAAGAGCUUCCAUCAGGGUUUUCAUAAAGGUGGAGAGGAUUUCUGCAAUAAGCAAUUUCCUGUUAGGGUAAAAGGAGCCCUGAAGUACAAUAGAUAUUUUCAAUGUUGAAGGGAAUUGGGGAACAUAAGAGCUCUUCAAUGUGCUUCUCAUUAAACAAAAUAUCAAUCCCAAAGAUAAUUUUGAAAAUACAUGAUCUUUGAAGCUAAAUUAAACGGUCAUUGAGGGAAAUAAGUUUGUACCAUUUGUACGUACCCAUUUUUGGCUCGGUACCAUUGAGUCUAGAGGUCUUGAAGACGUCAAACAAAACAUGGUCAGAUAUAUUUUAUGGCCUCUGUGGGGCUUCUUUCAAAAGUAUAUCGCAAGACACCUUUCAAUUUGGACAAGAUGGACAAAGUAUUUGGUAAUUCAUUAUUGGGAUUGUACUUUUUGGUGGGGUCAGUAUUUUAUCUGUCCAUUUUCGAUUGUUUUAUAGAUUAACAACGUUAAAGCGACUUUGGAUCCUUGAAAAGCACUAUAUAAAUGCCAUGUAUUAUUAAUCAUGACGGACAUAAAAUCGAAAAGCC